CUCUAAACAAACGUUAUGUGAUCGGUAGCGCUGCUAAAAAAUCAGUCAGUUGAGCACAGAUCGCUGCCCGAAAUAGUGGUCAGGACAGUUCGUACGAAUUUCAUUAACGCUUCACUUGUGAAAAUCAACUAAAUCAAAAUGGAUCAAAUUGAUGAAGACUUGACUCCAGAACAAAUUGCCGUUCUUCAAAAGGCAUUCAACAGCUUCGAUUCCCAAAAAACUGGAAGUAUCUCAACUGAGUUGGUAGCCGAUAUCUUGCGUCUUAUGGGUCAACCAUUCGACAAGAAGAUCUUGGAAGAACUUAUCGAAGAAGUCGAUGAAGACAAAUCUGGCCGUUUGGAAUUCGUUGAAUUCGUUCAACUCGCUGCCAAAUUCAUCGUUGAAGAAGAUGCUGAAGCCAUGCAAAAAGAAUUGAAAGAAGCUUUCCGUUUGUACGACAAGGACGGUAACGGUUUCAUUCCAACCACAUGCUUGAAAGAAAUCUUGCGUGAAUUGGACGACCAAUUGACAGACCACGAAUUGGACGGUAUGAUUGAAGAAAUCGAUUCCGAUGGCUCAGGCACAGUCGACUUUGAUGAAUUCAUGGAAAUGAUGACCGGAGAAUAAGCGACACACUGUUUACGCAUUUAUAUCAUAAAAAACUUCACACUAUCUCAAAUCAUAUCAAAAACAAAUUUCAAACCGAUAUUCAUCCGGAUCCUUUGCACAUUCAUUUUAAAUGAAAAAAAAAACACACACACUUUUGAAAUAAAAUGAAAAAUUAAUUACCAUCAAA